AUGACGGCUAGCGGUAUGAAGAUUGCGGGUGUACACACGCUGCGACAUGCUCGUCACAUAUUGGCUGUGGUCUGUGGAUUAGGAAUGGGUGUUAUGGCUGCUUUGUUUCUUGUCAUCAAUGUUAUCGCUGAUUUCUGGGGCCCUGGAACUGUUGGCUUACCGGCUACUAUCCCAGAAUUAUCGGACCGCUUCACCGUUUUCACGCCAUUUCAGAUGACAUAUUCGAUAUCAGUUUCGAUGCUUACCCUUUUCCACGUCUUCUGGACUGUACUUUUCUGGGAUGGCUGCCAUAAAAGGAAUAUUACGAAGACUUGGUGGUUCGGUAUCUUUUUCGUGGUCUUCUCCCAUUACGCCACAACUGCUCUGGCAAGUUUAAAUUGGUUUCUUAGUCCAAGAGGUUACUUGUCGCUUUCGUAUCAUCUGAGUUGCACUCUUGUUGGAAUUCUGUUGUUCCUGGGCAUGUUACACCUAGUUAAUUUAAGAAUGUGCUGGACGUACGUAUGGCGAACAUCUGCUUUUUUGAGUAAUCACGGUGCUUAUUAUUUCCAGAGUUUUGGAAAUCGAUCGAAAUACCAAGCUUUGGUGAUGUCCGCUCAGGGUGUUCUGCUGGUUCUGAACGCACUCAUAUCAUUCUACGUGAUGGGUGGCAAUUGGCCGAUGUUGAAACACACCACGAAGUUAGCAUUCUCCAGAGCCUUUGGUGGGAGAUGCUGC